UUGUCGACAAUGUCAUUGACACCACCCCCUUCUGCUAAAAACGAAGAAAUGGUUUGUCUGUGGAAACAAUGCAAACGUAAAUUUGAAGAUCCUGAAUUGCUUUAUCAACAUUUGGCGAACGAUCACGUUGGAAGAAAAUCUACUGGAAAUCUAUGCCUUAAAUGUCAUUGGGACAAAUGUGAAGCUCAAACAAGCAAGAGAGAUCAUAUUACCAGUCAUUUGAGAGUUCACGUACCAUUAAAACCACAUGUUUGUCCAAUAAAGGACUGUCAAAAGGCUUUCAAACGACCUCAAGAUUUAAAAAAGCAUGAAAAAAUUCAUUCUGAGGAUCAUCGAGCGUCAAUUUCAGGAAAAAAUAACAGGCAUUCUAAAAAUAAUCAACCACCUACUCCUCCACAAAAUACAAUUGAUGAUUCUUCAAAUUCUUAUACUUCUUCUCCGCAACAAUUACCUCCCUCACCGGAAAGUGAAACUUCUGACUUGGUCUGUAAAUAUCAGCAGUUAUCCGGACAAGAAAUUCUUGUUGAUUAUGCAAACUUUGGUCAAAAUGCAUUUUAUUUAGACAAUAAUUACAAUUUCAAUAACAAUCUUCCAUUAUCUACGACUAAUAUCGCUAAACAUCAUAGCCAUAAGCGCAGUGUAGACGUUAUGGAUGAAUUCAUUCAGGAUAUAAAAAGAAAUAAAAUAGACCCACAGUAUAGUGAUUGUAACCAAGCUCUUAACGGUGAUGAUAUUAAUCCAAUCAAUUAUGCAAAAGAUGAUUUGGUCACGGUUAAUGAUUUCAUGAAACAAGUUUUAACAGAAUUUGAAUUCAAUGAUAUGACGAGUAGUGAUUUCAAUUUUAACUCAGGAUUGGUAGACUCUAAUAUUUAUCCUAAUUCUGUGUCUUCCUUUCAAGCGGAAGACAGUGGCAGUCUUUAUCCAUGUGUUGAAAAUAUUAGCACACCAUGUUGUAAUGAUAGUUCAAUUGUAGAACAAAGUGCCUUAGAUUAUAUGAAUCCUCUUAACGGUAUCUCAAACACUUUCACACUUGAAACUGCACUUGUAUAUCCUACCCUCGACACUCCUAUUUAUGGCAUUCCACAAGCUCCAUAUAUAAUAGCACCUCAGAACGUCCAAAUAUUUCUCAAUAAUUCUAAUGAAAUUGAACACGUUUUACGGAAUGAAAAACUUGCACAAAAAGCACCAAGUAAAUUUGAGGAAAAAACUCAAACUAAUAAGCAAGCUCCUGAUGACAAGGAACCUGUGGAUAUGGAUGAUUUAAAGGUUCGCUUGGAAAAAUUGCGUUUAGGCGACAAAUAUGGCGAAUCUACAUCACCACGUUCGAGGAAUGAGCAGGAUAACAAAAUUUUACGAAAAAAACAUUCUGUACUUGUUGCCUUCAUUUAUGAAAAGAUCAAUCAAUUGAUUGAGCAACUGGACGCACGCCCAAAAACUGUGACAGGUCUAGUAGAUUGUGUCAAAUUAGCUGCUUAA